AUGUGGCACUCACGUCAAUUGGAUUCAUGGACAUCGGCCAGUGCACUGAGCGCCAUUCGAAGCAGUUGUGUGAGUUCAUCUGAAGUGCUUAGUACCGAUGUCAGUUCUGAAAUUAUGAACAGCUACGAUACUGACGACGUUGGAGAAACCUUUUUAGAUGCCUUUUUGUCCACUCGGCUUCAAAACUUGUCCGAUGCUUGCCAAGGAACACCCACGACACACGAAACAGCGGCUGAAGAUCGUGCAGCAGCAAGGGAAUCUGAAAGUCUCCAUACGGCGGUUGAAUACGGUAGGAUGGAGGUAGCAGCAAGCGUUGUUAAAUAUGUCAGCAACAUCUACAAGCGUGUCCACGAGGCCACAGUCGACGAGUGCGUUGGGGUUUUCUAA